AAGCCCGGGCCGCGUUCUGCCUUCUUUCCUUCGCUCUCCUCCAAGAGGCUACGGCCUGAAGCGCUGGCAGUGCCCAGGAGAAGUAGCCGGCUUCCCUACCCGCCACAGUCCCAGCCUUCUCCCGGGGGAGAUCGGGAGGCUGCAGCAGGCAGAGGUGGAGCUGACUUCAGAGACUCAUUGGGCAAAGCUUGGCAGAGACCAGUUAAAUCCAACAUACCUAUCCCAGGCCUCCAGAUGGUUGAAAGGGUGAAAUGCUAUUAGUACGAUGUCACCUGUGAAUGGGGGUGUUUGGAGAAUGUCACCAUGAAUGAGGAAUUCUUUUUCCAUUUGGCCACUGUGCAGGACAGCCUCUGUGAUAUUGGAGUGAUUCCUUACCCUGUGCCCAGGGACACUGUAUGCUUCAGUAUGGUCCCUAUCAACUUCCUCAGAAAGAUUAUGUAUGGGCUCUUGGCCUUCUUCCUCUUCCUCACCAUCUGUCUGUGGAAUGAAUCAAAGAAAGGGUACUCUGUUUCCCAGAGAUUGGAAUCGAAAAACUUCCAGCUGUCCAAGAACCUGCAUUUUUUGACUAGGAGGGUGAGUCCGAAGUCCAUGUACGCCACAACCAUGGCCGACUCUCCAAGGGGAAGCAGCAUUCCAAAUGGCGCUAGAGAAAAACUGCAGGUUGAGAGGUUCAAUGCCAAGGUCUGGGAUGCGGACAGCUCCUCCAAGAACCUUCCUCCCCGACUGCAGAAGGUCAGGAAGAACUAUUUGCACAUGAACAAAUAUAAUGUGACCUUUAAAGGGAAGCGUCAGUCCAAGAAGCUCAGCGUCAAUGCCUUGCUUUGUCAGCUUGCGAAUCGAUUGAAAGUGACCAUGAUAGAGCAGACGGACUUCCCCUUCAACACCUCCGAAUGGGAAAACUCUAUGCCUGAGAAGAGUAUCAGAGACAGCUUUGGGCAGCUGGGCACAUGCGCUGUUGUCUCAUCCGCGGGAUCCCUGAAGGCUUCAUACUUGGGCAAAGAAAUAGACAAUCAUGAUGCCGUCAUGAGGUUUAAUGGGGCACCCACAAGAAAAUUUGAGGCAGAUGUAGGACAGAAGACAACCUUUCGCCUGGUCAACUCUCAGUUGGUAACUUCCAGCAAGCACAACUUUCUUCAGGACAGUUUAUAUAAAGAAGGAAUCUUAAUUGUGUGGGACCCCUCUCCAUACCAUUCGGAGAUCCCAGAGUGGUACAAGAAACCUGACUACAAUUUCUUUCAAAACUACAAGCAAUACCGUAAAGAGAACCCCAACCAGCCCUUUUACAUUCUCACCCCCAAGAUGCCAUGGGAGCUUUGGGACAUCCUCCAGGAGAAUUCCCCAGAGGAUAUUCAACCAAAUCCCCCAUCCUCAGGGAUGCUUGGCAUUGUGAUCAUGAUGAGCUUCUGUGACAAGGUGGAUAUAUAUGAAUUUUUGCCCUCAAAGCGCAAAACAGACGUUUGUUACUACUACCAGCGCUUCUUUGACAGCGCCUGCACUAUGGGUGCCUACCAUCCACUGCUCUUUGAGAAAAACAUGGUGAAACACCUCAACCAAGGGACAGACGAGGAUAUUUACCUGAAAGGGAAGGUGACGGUGUCGGGAUUCCGGAACAUCCACUGCUAGCGAUUGGGUGGGUCCCUCGUCUGCUUCACCCUCACCUGCCUCUCCACCUGCUGUCCAAAAGGCCUUUUUCGAAGCACACUUACAUGCCCAUAAGGUUCCCCUCUGCCACUCCACCUCUGGGGAAGCCAGUUCCUUCAUUGUGAUUGCACCCUGUUGCUUCCAUCAUGUCUAGUGGCCACGGGGAAGCUGGAAGCUGAUCAGGUACAGCAGGCUGAGGUCAGAGAAGACGGAUACAUCCCUCCUCCUGGUGCAGAGCUGAGGGAUUGUGGGAACCUGAGGGUCAAACCCAGAUACACAAAGGGCUCCUCCUCCAAUAGGCCUUUCCCAGGGCUGCCGUAAGGCCCACUUUCCUGUCAGCUUCAGUCCCUAAAGCUAGAAACAAUCCCUAAUUCUCUCCCCAACCCACAUGGUGCCACACUCUAUGGAUGGUGCCGUCCAUGAGGAAGAAUCAUGGUGUGGGAUCCACAUUCUUAUCUUGAAAGUCGCCAGAGUCCUGAUGGAUUUUAUGACAUCCUUCUUGGGUUAAAUGGUGCCCAUCUGGGUACACCAUGCCAAGAAAGCAUUCUUUUCUGUCUCAGUUUUUUUCCUUUAGGGAAGUAAGCUGGUAACAAUCUCAUUUCCCAAGCCCCAUCCCCAGCCCUCCAGCCAUUGGUGAGAUGUAGUCUCCCCACUCUGAAGGCUGAUCUCCAGUGGGCCUGUGCUAUCUGGGCACAGAGAAAGCAGUGUUGGUGCCACUGGGUUGCUCUCUUUCCACGUUUCCUCUCUUGGGGUUGGGCCCUAGCUCUGCCUCUUUCUGCUUGGGGAAUGUUGGGCAGAUCACAUCAUCUCUCUGAGCCUCAGUUUCCCCAUCUGUAAAAUGGGACUAAUAAAGCUACCUACCUCACAGGGUUGUUGUGGGGCUCCAAUGAGAGGAUGUCUGUAAAGUGCUUAGUAACUGUAAAGUGUUUUCUGAAUGUGAAUGGACCUUGUUAAUGGUUUCUUUUUCUAUAUAGCUGAUUGCCCAUGUUCUCUAAAGUCUACCCCUGGAGGGCAGCAAUGUGUACUUUUAAACUUGCAGUGUUGGGUCGACAUGGAGUCAUAGGCUCAUAAGACAGAACUGGAAAAGACUAAUGUGACUGCCUAGCCCAGGUGUUUGCCGAACCCCAGGGCUCCAGGGUUAGACUUCCAGCGGUCUAUGACCUUGGAGGAGAAAGAAGGGGCAGCUUUGUUUUCACUAACCUUUCCCUGAAAUUUUGCAUUCCUUUUUAUUAUGAAUGUAGGCAAGAGAACAUGAUCCUGAGAAAGGAGCCACAAGUCUCAUCAGACUUUUGAAAGGCUCCAGGGCACAGAAGAGGCAAAGAACCCCCAAUCUAGUUCAAAUCGUGUCUUACAGAUUAUUUGGGGUGAGUUCUAGAGCAGUUAAGUGAUUUUUUCCCAACUUUAUGCAGGCAGAAAAUAGCCAAGUUGCAAUUUGCAUUAUAGUCUUCUGAUACAGAUCCAGCUUGUUUUCCAAGACACUGCUGGUUUUUCCCAAUCACCUGCUUUGCUCCCAGCCCACCCCUGUCUAGGAGAGGAGAGGUGGGGAUAUGGUUACUCAAGCUAGAGUGAGAUGGAGUAUAUAUAUAUACAUACCUAUGACAACUGCAGCAAGGCAGUGUAUGAUUUAAGUACCAGAGGGCUCAUUAAGGGCAAUGAAAUAAAUUCAAGCACAGUGUAUAAUUCAAGAACAAGAGAGCUCAUCGAAGGGUAAUUAAAUGGAAUUACUACAGGUAACACGCUCUUGCAAAGUCUAUAGUUGUGAAGAAUGGUGGAGGCCAUAUUAUAUUUGACUUCAAAGAUCUCUUCCAAACUCUUAAUCUUCCGAUUCCAAGACUCAAUCUCCCAACACUCUGAUGCCUCCAGCUCAGAUAUGAUAUUGCUAUUGAAUCUAUGUCACCUUCUGGGCUUUUAAAAUUUCUUUUAAAAAAGAAAGAAAUCCUCCGAACCAUGGGAAUUUCCUGCUCUGCUCUCUAACUCACUGGCAAAAUUGUUCUGAUCUUUGAUUCUCAGAUAGGAAAUGCAAUGAAUUGAGAUCAUCAAGGUAUUCAGUGAGGAAACUGGGAUAGUAACUCUGAUGCUCAGAAACCAGUCUUCUAUCCAGAUGUUCCAAUUAAUUUAAGGGAUAUUCUUGAGGAUGUAAUAUUUUGAAACCUAUAUUCUCUAUAUGGAGAAAUAAGGUGAAAUACGAUUGAAAUAUAAUUAUUUGUACAGUGUUGGUGUCAUGAGAGAGCCAAUGAUGACUAUAACAUUUCCAUGACUUGGUGCUGCAGGCAGGUCUUAUAUUUGAAUGAUUUGUUGUCUUAAUUCCCAUGUUGAAAACUGUCAUCCCACAGCAUAUGGUUCUGAUCCUUUCAACUAAUCGUGUAAGCUUCUAGGGUUGGCUUAGAGUUGCAAUAGCAGACUCAGAAACUUCUGGGUUCCAGAAGGCCUGAGAAAGUUGUGCAAAUGAACUGGGAAUAGCCAAAGAAAUUGUACAAUUUUUAAUAAAUUUUGUUUUGUAAAA